UCAGGCCUGCUCCACCAUGGCUGCUCUGUCCUGGGGGGGGGCUGGAGGGCCAGCCACACCAGCCAGCGAACACAGCUCCCGCACCUGGGCAGGCCAGCUAGUGGCCCAGCGCCCCACUCCCCUUCCUCCUGCACUGUCCCCAAGGAAACCUGGUACUGGGACGGCAGCAACGUGACCAGCAUGGCGUUGAGCGGGGUGAAGUGUGCCGGGCACGAGAUGACGUUGAGCCAUUGCCGGCAUGACAGCAGGGUUUCCUGCCAGAAGACAGGGACCCGCUUCGCUGCAGGCGUCAUCUGCUCAGAGACUGCCUCAGAUCUGCUGCUCCACGCGGCGCUGGUGCAAGAGACAGCGUACAUAGAGGACCGCCCUUUGCACAUGCUCUACUGUGCUGCGGAGGAGAACUGCCUGUCCAGCAGCGCCCGCAACGCCAACUGGCCUUAUGGGCACCGCCGUCUCCUGCGCUUCUCCUCCCAGAUCCACAACAACGGCCGGGCUGACUUUCGUCCCAAGGCGGGCCGCCACUCCUGGGUCUGGCAUGAGUGCCAUGGACACUACCACAGCAUGGACAUCUUCACCCACUACGACCUCCUGACACCCAAUGGGACCAGGGUGGCCGAAGGACACAAAGCCAGCUUCUGCCUGGAGGACACAGAAUGUGAGGAAGAGGUGGGCAAGCGCUACGAAUGUGCCAACUUCGGAGAGCAGGGCAUCACAGUGGGCUGCUGGGACCUCUACCGGCACGACAUUGACUGCCAGUGGAUCGAUAUCACAGACGUCAAGGCUGGGAACUACAUCCUGCAGGUGGUGAUCAACCCCAGAUACGAAGUCGCGGAGAGCGAUUUCACCAACAAUGCCAUGAAAUGCAACUGCAAGUACGAUGGGCACCGAAUCUGGGUACAUCGCUGCCACAUAGGUGAUGCCCUGAGCAAUGAGGCCAACGGGGUCUCCGAACAGUAUCCAGGACAGAGCAACAACCAGAUUGCGUAGGCGGCUGCCUCCUCCUGGGCAGCAGGCAGACCUAGAUCGUGCCAGUGGUACAGCAGCAGGCAAGGGGGUCUGAUGGCCCGUCUCCCAGCAAUUGUCUUGCCCGAGGCAGGAACGUUUCCUGGGCAGCUGAAAGGUGCCACCCACCGCUGGCACAUUGUCAUC